GUCGGCAGCCAACCAACCCGUGGACGCUUUCCACAGCAAUCUGAGCAGCCUCGUGAGAGACUGACAGUCCUGCUCUGUUGUGGGGUGUAAGAAGGGAGCCCACGAAAUCCAACCAGGACCAGGCGACAGAACAAAAUGGCUGCCAUAACUAUAGACCCGGUGGAGCAGCCUCGGAUGUACCAACAGACCCUCCUUCAGGAUGGACUGUGCGACCUUUUGGAGAACGAAAAGUUUGUGGAUUGUGUCCUCAAAAUCCAGGACAAGGAGUUCCCCUGCCAUCGCCUGGUUUUGGCAGCCAGCAGCCCCUUCUUCAAGGCCAUGUUCUUGUCUGAGCUGGAAGAGAGUAAGAGGCGUGAGAUUGUACUCAAAGAUGUGGAUCCAGGUGUCAUGGGGAUGAUCCUGCGUUACUUGUACACCUCCGACAUUACACUGACAGAACAGAAUGUCCAGGAUAUUUUCAUGGUCGCUAACAUGUACCAGAUCCCCUCCAUCUUCUCAGUAUGUGUGUCCUACCUUCAAGAGAAGCUGGUGCUGGGAAACUGCUUGGCUAUCUUCCGAUUGGGGCAGCUGCUGGAUUGUCCCAGGCUCACCCUGAGUGCUAGAGAGUUCCUCUGUGAACGUUUCCAGGUUGUUGUCAGGGACCCAGACUUCUCGCAGCUGGGCCCAAGUGAGCUGGCCAUUAUCAUCACAUCAGAUUCUCUCAAUGUUGACCGGGAGGAAGUAGUGUUUGAAUCUCUGAUGGACUGGGUCAAGCAUGAUGAGACUAACCGACUUAAGGACCUGCCAGAGCUGUUGCACUGCAUCCGUUUUAGGCUCAUGUCGUUGGAUUACUUUAAAGAAAAAGUUGAGCGCCACCAGUACAUUCGUUUCAGCCAGGAGAUUAAAAAGGACCUGGAUCUUGUCAGCGAUGCUCACAGAGGGCGUCUCCCAAAGCCCAGGAGACUCAGUAGUGACGGGGCAAAGGGGAGAGAAGGAAAUGAAGAUGAGGAGGAGGAUGAUAAGGAAGGGUACCUGCCGGGUAUACUCAACAACAACCCACGGUUUGGGAUGUUUGAGAUGGACCUGUUACUAAUGAUCAAUGACACAGGGACUGUGGCCUACGAUCCAGUAGGGAAUGAAUGUUUUGUGGCGUCCGAAUCAACAGAUAUUCCCAAAAACCACUGCAGUCUGGUCACCAAGCAGAACCAGGUGUUUGUCGUUGGAGGACUUCUCUACAAUGAGGAGGACAAAGAUGAGCCCUUCAGUUCCUACUUCCUACAGUUUGACCCAGCGAGUUCAGAAUGGUUAGGGAUGCCGUCACAGCCCAACCCUCGCUGCCUGUUUGGACUGACAGAUGCGGAAAACUCCAUCUUUGUUGUGGGAGGAAAGGAACUGAAGGACGGCGAGCACGUCCUGGAUUCAGUCAUGAUCUAUGACAGACAGUCAUUCAAAUGGGGGGAAUCCGAUCCUCUGCCAUAUCGGGUAUAUGGCCACGGGACUGUAUCACACAAUGGUCUCAUCUAUGUUAUUGGAGGGAAGUCUGAGAGCAAAAAAUGUAUGAGAAGAGUUUGUGUCUACAAUCCUACUAAGUUUGAGUGGAAGGACCUGGCUCCUCUGAAGACGGCCCGCUCUCUGUUUGGUGUCACCGUCCACAAAGACCAGAUCUUCGUGGCAACGGGAGUCAAAGACACAGGCCUCACCUGCUCUGUGGAGGUCUAUGACAUUGCCACCAACAAGUGGUCUGAGUUUACAGAGUUCCCUCAGGAGCGCAGCUCCCUCAAUCUAAUCUCUUUGGGAGGCUUCUUGUAUGCUGUGGGGGGCUUUGCCAUGGUGCCCAGUGAAACCAGUGAGGAGCCCGUGCCCACAGAGAUGACUGACAUCUGGAGAUAUGAUGAGCCAGAGAAGAUUUGGAAUGGGAUUUUGCGAGAGAUCAUUUAUGCAGAAGGCUCCACUGUCCUUCCGGUUCGCCUCAACACUCUGCGUCUCACUAAGUUAUAACUGAGAGGUUGAACUGUAACUGCCAUGUGAUUGAUGUUGUGACAUAAGCAUUGAAGUAAGCGAGUGCACUCAUUAAGGAUAUUUCCCAAAGUGAUCUGAGGGUACAGAUUGUGUCAGGGCAAUGAUUGUUUUUUUGUUUUUGUUUUUUUUGUAUAAAAUCAGCAUUGAGUUGUUUUAUGUCAUGAUUUACAGCAGGGGGAGACAGAUGCAUGUCUGAGUUGUUCUGCAGAAAAAGGGACAGGUCAGAACAUCACACCAAAUGUCUUUUAUGAAAACCUGUUGAUUUGUACAUCUGGUGUUUUUUUUUUUGUUAUAUUGUGUCAGAAUUUUUUUCUUUAUUUUGCUUUAUUUAAACAGAAAUAAAGAUGCAUCAAGUCUG